AUGCCACUCGAGAGUCUUGGUGAGGAGGGGUGUGUCUGGGGGGAGGUGACUGAGUCUGUGCUACUUCCUGCUGACAUCAGCGAUGACGUCAGCAGCUCUGGCCCCUCCCCCCUGCUUUCCUGGCGUGUCGUCACGGCGACCGGCUCGCAUCCCAUCGUCUCCUGGCGACCAGAGUCAGGCUCCGCCCCUAACGUGUCGUCGGCCUAUCAGGGCCGUGUCACCAUGCACCACAACGGCUCCCUCACCCUCUCACACCUGCGUCUAAAUGACAACGGCUAUUACGUCCUCACGGCAACCGACGCCCUUGGCAACACCAGGGAGGAGGGGCUACUGCUACAGGUCUCAGAGGUGCGUUAUGAGGACCUGCAGUACCUGGCGGUGUUCCUGCUCGUCUUGUUUGCUGUGAUGGUCUCCAUGUGGCUGCUCUACUCACACGUGUUGGCAUGGAAACGCAAGAGGCACUCCUCCUCCUCAGGUACGGUAACCCUGACAACCCCACAGCCGACCUGGAGAUACUACAGUAACCAUGACAACCCCACCACCGAAAUGGAGAUGCUUCAGUGA